AAAGAAGCCAUAGAGUACCUCAACCUAUAUCUUAAAAAAGCUAAAAAAAUAGGAGACAAGCAUGGGGAGGGUAACGCUUAUGGCAGUCUUGGCAAUGCUUAUCACCGUCUGGGUGAUUUCAAAAAAGCCAUAGAGUACCACAACCUACAUCUUAAAAUAGCUAAAGAAGUAGGAGACAAGCAUGGGGAGGGUAACGCUUAUGGCAGUCUUGGCAAUGCUUAUCACCGUCUGGGUGAUUUCAAAAAAGCCAGAGAGUACCACAACCUACAUCUUAAAAUAGCUAAAGAAGUAGGAGACAAGCAUGGGGAGGGUAACGCUUAUGGCAGUCUUGGCAAUGCUUAUCACAGUCUGGGUGAUUUCAAAAAAGCCAUAGAGUACCACAACCUACAUCUUAAAAUAGCUAAAGAAGUAGGAGACAAGAAUGGGGAGGGUAACGCUUAUGGCAGUCUUGGCAAUGCUUCUUUUAGUCUGGGUGAUUUCAAAAAAGCCAUAGAGUACCACCACCUACAUCUUAAAAUCGCUAAAGAAGUAGGAGACAAGCAUGGGGAGGGUAACGCUUAUGGCAGUCUUGGCAAUGCUUACCUUAGUCUGGGUGAUCUCAAAAAAGCCAUAGAGUACCACAACCUACAUCUUAAAAUAGCUAAAGAAGUAGGAGACAAGCAUGGGGAGGGUGCUGCUUAUGGCAAUCUUGGCAAUACUUAUCGCCGUCUGGGUGAUUUAAAAAAAGCCAUAGAGUACCACAACCUACAUCUUAAAAAAGCUAAAGAAGUAGGAGACAAGCAUGGGGAGGGUAACGCUUAUGGCAGUCUUGGCAAUGCUUAUUUUAGUCUGGGUGAUUUCAAAAAAGCCAUAGAGUACCACAACCUACAUCUUAAAAUCGCUAAAAAAGUAGGAGACAAGCAUGGGGAGGGUAACGCUUAUGGCAGUCUUGGCAAUGCUUAUCACCGUCUGGGUGAUUUCAAAAAAGCCAUAGAGUACCACAACCUACAUCUUAAAAUAGCUAAAGAAGUAGGAGACAAGAAUGGGGAGUGUAACGCUUAUGGCAGUCUUGGCAAUGCUUGUUUUAGUCUGGGUGAUCUCAAAAAAGCCAUAGAGUACCACAACCUACAUCUUAAAAUCGCUAAAGAAGUAGGAGACAAGCAUGGGGAGGGUAACGCUUAUGGCAAUCUUGGCAAUGCUUAUCGCCGUCUGGGUGAUUUCAAAAAAGCCAUAGAGUACCACAACUUAGAUCUUAAAAUAGCUAAAGAAGUAGGAGACAAAUCCUCGGAGGCAAUAGCCUACUGUUCAUUAGGAUUGGUUUUUAGUUACAAGGUAGACUGCCAAAAGCCGUUGAACAUUACCAAGCUAGCAUAAACUUAUUCAAUUCCUUGAGAGUACUUCUAAUAUCUAAAGAUGAGUGGAAAGUUAAUUUUCGAAAUCAGCACCAAGUGGCGUAUACGGGUUUGUGGAGAGUUCUCGUAGAACAAGGUAAUGUAGAUGAAGCCUUAUUUGUUGCUGAGAAAGGACGAGCUCAAGCUCUGACCGACCUCAUGGAAUCCAGUUUUUGUGGUGGAACAAGUCACCACAAGGGAGAAGAUGAAGAUUGCGCAGUUUUAAAAAACGUUCCAUCAAACACUGUCUUUCAGGCCGUGGACAAAGCUAACGUCAAUCUUUGGGUUGUGUCCGAAGGAAAACAAGUUCAGUUAAGACAAAGUAAACUCAAAGGUUUUGUUUCAGAGAAUAGUGGAUCUAGCCUGUCCUUUGAGUCGUUCAUGCUCGGUGUCUAUACACAACUUGGUGUUCGUUCUAAUGUGAGAUGCGAGAACCGAUCUUUAGAUACUUUGAGGGAGGGCCGUUCAAAAGUGGAUGAGAAAACCAAAGAAGCCAAGCCUCAACCUCACAUCCAACGAGACGGAUGCUUGAGCACUUUGUAUGAUAUCGUUAUGAAGCCGGUGGCAGACUUGAUUGAAGGGAUGAGCUACUCAUUAUUCCUGAUGGACCCCUGUGGAUCGCUCCUUACGCUGCAUUGAAGGAUGGCAAUUCUAAAUACCUGUGUGAAUCGUUCACAAUCCGAGUCGCUCCAUCGUUAGCAAGUCUUAGACUCAUUGCCGAUUGCCCAGAUGAUUAUCACAAAAGCAGUGGUGCGUUACUUGUAGGAGAUCCGUGGGUAUCCGAGGUUACUAACAGCGAGGGAAAGAAAGUCUUCGAGCAGCUUGAGUAUGCUAAAAAAGAAGUAGAAAUGAUCGGAAAAAUUCUGAAUAUCACGCCAAUCACCGGCAGUCAGGCCACGAAACGUGAGGUGUUGAAAAGACUCAGUUCCGUUUUUUUUUGUUCCGCUCUUACACCUGACCCACACCGAAUAUCUACUGUGCCAACGGAGGAGGAUUACAUUUUAACAAUUGGAGAUGUGUUGAAUGCUCAACUUCGGGCCAAACUUGUUGUGCUUAGUUACUGCCACAGCGGCUGGGGCGAGAUCAAAGCUGAAGGUGUGGUUGGCAUUGCGCGCGCUUUUAUGGGGGCUGGUGCUCGGUCUAUUGUGGCGUCCCUGUGGGCGAUUGAUGACGAGGCUAAACUUGAGUUCAUGAAACACUUUUAUCAACAACUUGCAGGAGGUAAACCAGCAAGCGAGUCACUGAACCUGGCCAUGAAAAGCCUCAGAGAAUCAGACAAGUUCUGCGACAUCAAACACUGGGCGCCCUUUUUGCUGAUUGGAGAUGACGUCACUCUUGACUUCAUAGCAAAGGAAAGAGAAAAUUUGAAUAUGAAAUCACAUAAAUGAAACCUUUUUAUUUCAUCUCAAAAUUAAUGACGCAGGAACUUGGAAGGUUUAAAUGCUUCUUUAUUUUGGCGCUUUUUGGCUAUUUUUCAUUACUUUUCAUUUUUUUGUUAAAUGGAACUUGAGAUGUGUGACUUUACUUUGAUGAAGAAAUAAAACAGACUAUUUCAGUACAUUUUGUUCAGUGGAAUUGCUAUUUUUUUACCUUUACAAAUUUAGAUGCUUCCGAAGAGAACAAGAUGCAACAAGGCUUCUGCUGUUAAUGCCUGAAGUUGUUGAAGGCGACUACGAGGUUUUCGUUUCGCCAAAAUGACACUCAGAUCUAUCCCUUUAUUGCAAUCAGUUAUGUGUGAAAUAAUUUAAAGGUUUUUUUUCUUGUACACAACCAGGAGCUUGUCCACCGGGUUUUAAUUACGUUGAUACUCUAAGCUUUUGAUAAGAAAAGAAACAGUUUGUCAUUUGUAAAAGGUGGCGAAAUUUUAAUUUCAAAAAUGUGAUUUGCAAAAUUCGCAGCCAUAUGUGAAUUGAUCUUAAUGGUUUUUCUACGUCAUAAAUUACUUUGUUGCAAUUUGCAAUUAUCUUUACAAAAAAAUUGAUUAUCAUUUUCAACUUUUUUUCAAUCCAUUUUAAUGCAAUCUAAUUCCAUCAGUGCCAAGAUUGCCAUUCUAAGCUUAAUUUGAAGAAGUAAUCAUCAGAGAUGAUGUUGUUGAAUUUACUGACCAUAUGUUAGAGACAUUAGACCUACUCUCAGGGGUGUGGCCAGCCUCUAGUCCCGUGGGCCCAGCCUACAAUUGUUUUCCGCCCGCUUGACUUUUCUAAUAUGACUCUUACAAAUGUUGAAACAAAAAUUGAAAUUUCUCAGGAAAAAGGCUUACAACAAGUCAAAGAGCUGGCUACAACGGCCUGCUUUCAAUCAAACGAGUUUGAUCAAUUUUAGUCCAUUUUAUCAAACACUCGUCAGUUUGUUUUAGAGAACGACAACAGAGACAAAUUGUCCAUGUAAUCUAAACAAGGAAAUAGCGAAACAGAGUUUACUUUAACUAAAGUUUCCAUUGCUGUGACUUUUAAUGUAUGUGACAUGGAAUUUGUUGUUUUCAUUAGGAAAAUAUUUACGCCAAUAAAUUAGGGAAACACUUGAAGUAGUAAGCCAUGUAGUCCUCAAUGGGAAUUAUUUUGGUGAAAAUGUUCAUGAAUAAAUGUAAAUCUAGGCCGUAGUUAAAAAGUUUCAGGACUUCAGGAUAAAACUUGCAUUUUUUUGAAAAUUUGCUGUUCAAAUUUUUUCAUGGCUUUAAAUUUACCUUAGUAUAAUUUGGAGAUGUCUGAUGAUAUCUUUCUUAAAUUUAAGAAUUUAUACUUAGGUAUUCAGAGCACGCUUUGUAAUUAGAACCCGUCAUGUGGUCAAAAGUUUAAGGUAUACUGUAUCACAGCUGUUUUAAAAGAAAUUUUUGUCAAAUCAAUGUUAAUUUUUGACAGAUUUUUAUAACUACCAUUGGUCUUUGCUGCCAGUAUAAAAUGUAGUAGUUAACCUUGCACAUCGUUGAAUGUGAUGUAACGUAGGAUUUUAAAAACAAGCUGGGACAAUUUCGACUAAACAUUCUUUUUAUAAUGUCAGUAUAUUUGGUGUGGAUUGUUUUGAUGCUAUUUGUAUUUAAAGUUGAAGCUAUUUGUUCAUUUACCUAAGUUUUUAUUCAUUGACUCAUUAACUCCCAAGUUGUGAAAAAAAAUUCUCCCAACUGAUAAGAAUGUUUCUUUGUUGCUUCAUUCUGAGAAUUCGAUGAAACAUAACGUUUGUAGUGAAAAAUAAUCCGCUAGUUUAGAUUUUCUCUAAUUCUUAUUGACACCAUGUUUGUCGGCGCAUUAAUUUUGCGAGGAGAAUUUAAGUUAUGAUCAAUCUUGGGAAAAAAAUUGGUUCAUUUUAGUGUUUCCGUUUAGCGCUUACUUUACUUAAUGCCUUGAGCAAUUUAAUGCAGUUUGUAUUGUACUUUUUUUUUACUUUUUUGUGUAAGAGAAAUAGAGAGUGUAUAAAAUACAAAAACUGCCUUUGUUUUCAUUGUCUGUCUCCAUAUUCUAAGGAUUCGCGUGAGAUACAAGGAGAACAGAUCCUACGGGGACUUCAAUGCUUGUUUUGACCCGCGCGCGCCAAGUUGAUAAUCUUUGCAGCUGACAGUGUACUGACAUUCCAUGUUUCAAGCCCCCACCCACUUAACAAACGCUCGUCGACUCUUCGAUUGUGUGUCUUUCACUGUCCACCGUUCUCCAUAUUGUCACACGAUUUUGAAUGCCGACGGACGUGUUCAUACUGUUACCUGUGUGCACCCUUUUUACCUUUUUACACCUUUUCACAUUUGUGCAUCUCUUUUUUUCUCCUUCCUUUUGUUCCUUUCCUUUUUUUCAUCGUACUUUUCCUUUAUUCCCAUUUUUACGCGCACUUCUUUCAUCGCCCUCAACUUUAUUCUUCUACGCGCUUCAUUAGACGCGACUAUCUCCUUGUCUGUUUCAGUUUUCAUUCGUCUCAAUCCUCGCGCAACGUCAGGUCUCUUACAACUCAUAUACCUCCUUACUUCCCCAGAGUAGUUGUUAUUAUGCUUAUUUUGUUCACUUUAGGAUGGUGUCCUCUUAGCAUCAUGUCUAGUAAAAUCUUAGUUUUCCUUUCCACUCAUUCCCAGUCCACAGGGGGUCUCAAUUUUAAGUCUCACUUGCCAGUGUUUGCUCUCCUCGGUCCUCUCAUCACGGUAGCAGCUAUAAAACGAAAGAGCUCCCUCCAAGUCUCUGCGACAUAAUCGAUGCAUUUUGGUUGGAAACAAGUCCUUUAAUGUCCAAAUUAAGGCUUCUUCUGUCAUCGGAUCGGGAAUGUAUCAAACUCACGCCCAGGGUCCACCUACAUCGCGAGUCCAAGAUGGCAGCAGGCCAAUCUACAGACUUCUCUGAGUUGGUAGCCGUCAUCUUGGAUGUAGACGCAGAGAGGACCUUGAAAAAGUGUUUUUACAAGACAGUAAUCAAGAAAGGUUAGGUUAUUGUAAUGCUUCCUAAGAGGUAAACGAUGAGAACCUUUGCGUCGUUCAAAGAAAACGCAGCAUUUUACAGCGCAGUCGUGACUCGUUUGACGUGAAGACACAGAGAUGGCGAGUUGAUUACGGCUUUAAAUUUCAAACUCUUAAAGGCGGGAAAUAUUUCUGAAACAAAAUCAUUCACGAACAUCACUAUCAUCCUCAGUAGAACUAUGCUAUCACAAAGGUGGAAUAAUCGCGGACGAAUAACCGCGCUUAAGACCUUCCUAUAUACCAAGGAAUUCAUGCCACUGGAUUCGACAUGUGCCAGUAACCUACUUUCACAUUUAACGUGACGUUCAGCUAAGAUCAGCAAACUGUUUCUUUUUUUCUUCAUUUUAAACGAUUCCAAUCCUAAUAGUUGACAAAGAAAUUACUCAGGAUGUCAAUGAAGACUACUUACGAGGUUCGCUUUAAUCUUCAGUCACUUUACUACAAGAACAUGCACUGUGUAUUCCGGCUGUAUGUAGAUUGUAGCAGAGGCACAGCUGCAUGUAUGACCACCCCGUGGGGUGUGCUUCCUAGUUACAGGUCACGAUCACGACCGAACUGACUACUGACUAUAGCAUUUUCAACAGAGUUAAUUACAAUAAUGGGGUCGCACAUUUUCGAAAUUUUGGGGGUAAGACAAGUCUAAGAAAGUAGGGAUUAAAUGACGGAAAGUUCGCAGUUAGAAGGUCGUUACCAGCGCGUAUUACCAAAAGUGACUAAGAUGGGGUCGAUAAUUAGCCACAGAAUAGACUAUGAUGGGGUAGGGGUUCUGAAAGGCCAACAGCAGAUGCCCCACAAAAAUUGACUCAAGCAACCUCUCAAUUUAUCUUAUAUUUUUUCUUCUACAGGUGGUUUUGGCGUCACCAUCAUGACAGCUUGCCCCGAAAUAGAUCAGCCACAGAUACGGAAAUCAACCAAAAUAAUACUAAUCUGGCCAAGACAACGAAAUUCCUGUUAUCCAGUGGUCUUCAGUUUGUUGUCGUUAUGGCAACUAGUUAGGGCACUUCCGAACAUGAUUCGUGAUGUUGCUUGCAUCAGGGUCCAAUCCACCGCAUAUCAGUGCAAUAAAAUGCCGCUUUGCCUUUUUCAGAACAGCUAACAAUAGUGUGGCUGGCUUCGCUGUGUAUUUUCACCGCUGGCUCAGUUGUUGCUUUUCGGAAUGUGCUACAGUUCCCCGGUCACAAGGCAAUUCUAUAUCAGCUCAUGUUUGUUCCUUCAUUCGUGACUUUGGUUCUUCUUCUCACCCUCGCCUUGUCAUCAACCUAUUCAUUUCUAUCGAGUCUUCUUCAUCUUGGGUCAUAAUUUUUUUCCUCGAUAGUAAGUUAUAUUCUCAAAAGUUUAGCUGUAGGAUUUCUAAUUUACACCUAUGGGCGGCCGUCACCGCCAAAAAGACAAAAAUAUAAUUGGUUGGUAAUUAGUCUAAUUGUCUUUUGGAGAACGAUUUAUCUUAUCCUAAGAGAUUUAUUUCAAAUACAAAUGGACAAGUCGCCUUUGGUGAAAUGAAAUAUUCAAACAAAAAUGUUUAUACAAUUCAGGAGCUGUGUAGCCAACCUUGUUGCACUGAUUAAAGAAAAACACGAGUGGCCAAGUGUUAACAGAAAUGGUUCAGUGUCGAAAUGAGAAACGGUUCAGCUAACUGUACUUUAGUGACUUGCCACAAACGGUUCAGAGUAGUGUGAAAGUUAUCGACAAAUGGUUAAUCGUAGGCCGCAACGGAUUAGUAUCGCAUCAAUCUCCUCACCGUAAAGUGAAAUGGUUUAGCGUGACCUCAAAUGCUUAAGCGUGAGGACAAAUGGUUUCGUACAACAGUUGGUUUACGCCGUAAUCGCCAAAAAUACAAAAGGGAAAUAGGUAAGUCAAGCUUGAAAUGAAACAGUCUAUAUGGGGUCUGACGUCACAACCUACGUCAUUCAGAUCCAAUUUGGCGCGAAAUUCGCCAGUACGAGGGAUUCGCCACGCCGUCCACUCGACGUUCACCACGUUCACGUUCCAAGUUCACGUUCACGUUAUUUCUGUAACCUCGUCGUCCUUGUCCACUGGACUCAAAGAGCCUCACUCCGGUAAUAACCUUUUUCACAUUUGCCUAUUUUAGCUUGUUAGCGAAUAAAUUUAUACCCUCAUCAUCUUGCCGCAAUAUCAGUAAGUAAAUGAUAUUUCGGAACAAAAGGAAUAACACAAAUACAGAUAAAAUGCAUCAUUUUACGCGACAGCACAUUUACCGUCUAGACAGUAAGAACCAUGGCUGGGAAACGUGAUAAAGCGAUUCAUCGUUUUAAGACGACGAAACUACAACUAAAGGGCGCCUAAAAGCUAUAUAGUUUUUAUAGUUUUGAGGCGCCCUUGAGAUUCUUAUCCUAUUCAAUUUCAAGCUUGACUUUUCCAUUUCACUUUUGUAUUUUUGGCGGUUACGGCGUAAACCAACUGAACCAACCGCUGUAACACGAAACCAUUUCGGUUUGUAAGAAACCAUUUGUCGUCACGCUAAACCAUUUGGGGUCACGCUAAACCAUUUCACUUUACGGUGAGUAGAUUGAUGCGAUACUAAACCAUUGCGGCUACGAUUAACCAUUUGCCGAUAACCUAGGCCAUUUCACACCUCUCUGAACCGUUUUUGUCAAGUUACUGAACCAAAGGACAGUUAGCUGAUCCGUUUGUCAUUUCGACACUGAACCAUUUCAGUUAACACUUGGCCACUCAUGUUUUUAUUGAAUCAGUUCAACAAGGAUGGCUACACAGCUCCUCAAUUGUAUAAACCAUUUUUUGUUUGAAUAUUUCAUUUCACCAAAUGCGACUUGUCCAUUUGUAUUUUAAAUAAAUCUCUUAGGAUAAGAUAAAUCGUUCUCCAAAAGACAAUUAGACUCUAUCUGUUAUUACAAACCAAUUCUAUUUUUGUAUUUUUUUAUGAUGACAGCCGCCCAUAUGUGGGCUCUUCUUUCAAAUUCAGUCGGAGAAUUUCCGGCUUCAAGCUUGCACAGAUUUAUGGGCCAAGGAACUCCCUGUUUCAUUUUCACAACGCGCCGUUGCAAUUCUCCGUUCCAUGACAUAGCUUUCGAGUCUUUCUUAGUACUUUCUCUGUCUUAGUGACUUUGAAACAUUUUCAUGACGGACUGAGGAAGCAAGGUCGUAUAAUAGUCAAAGGUGCCUUCCAUCUCCGCGACAGAGGUAAGAACGCAUGGUUGUAUCAGAUUAUUGAGUGUAAGGUAAAUACUUUUAUUUUAAAUUUUUUUUAGUUGAGAUUUCCUCCUUCAAAUGUUCCUCAUCUUUCCGAACUUUCUCUGAUUUCCGACAAUGAAAGACGUUCCUGCAGUUAGUGUAUGACGACGAUUGCCAACUUUUACUUUAUUCUGGCGUGUAUUAAUUGUAUUGCCGCUUCGUGUUAGUUACAAGCUUAUUAAGCUGAGCUGGUUUGAACAAGUUACAGCUGUCGAAUUCACAAAAAUUCGCAGGCAAUGCUUGGCAUUUACCUUGGACAAAAUAAGUAAUUCGGGAGAGUUACAAAGGAUAUCCAAAUUAUCGAUUUGAUUCAGUAAAAGCCCUUUUGGUCGCAACACUUUCAGUUUCGUUUGCGUGUCAUGCGGAGCAUGUACACAAUCGUGUUUGGCACCAGCUUUCAUGUCGGGCUUAUGUACGUAUUAACUUAAUUUGCUCCCGUAUUUACGAUGCAUUUGAUCAAAAAGCGAUAAACAUUUUCAGCGUAUUUCAUGUGUUUAUGUUUAUCAUUUUAUACUGUAGUUUAAAAGUGAUUUUUUCUUUUCGAUAGACAGCUUAGAUUGUCCUUCCAAACUGUACUGUUAUACUGAUUUCCUUGUUAAAUAUUGAGACAAGUUGAUUUUUCUUCAAAUUCAGCUAGUUAUUUACUGCAAGAGUCCUUUCAAUUAACUGCAUUCGAGUUUUAGGAAUCCAAUUCAUCAACUGGUAAUGAUUGAUUAAUGUGUGAGUGAAGUUUUACCUUUUGUCAUCUGCUAAUCAACAUACGAUCAAUCGAUAAUCAUAUCAACUGAAUGUUUCCGAUCAAUUUUUUUUUUUUUAUCAAAACUGGUUUAGUUCUGCAUGAGGCUGCAUGCAUCCAAGUAUGUGUUUGUUGAUAAUUUAUGUUGUUAUAUGGGAAGGUAGUCUUGGGAUAAAUGUAAAGUUCUGAUUGGUUCUUACUUGGUCAGGAUUUUGCCACAUAGACCAUCAUUGCACCAUACAGAAAAUCAUAAAACAUGUAAAUUCAUUGUAAACUAGUUUAGUCCAAGUGACAUUGGUGCAUGACAAUUACCUUGCUCUCUUGAGGGGUACUGGGGAAUAUUGGCACCAUGUCAUUCCUUUUCUGUUACAACCUUGGGCCAAUAUACCUCUGUAAAGCCCUGGAAAUCAGCUGGUUAUAUAGAAGUUUGUAGUGGUUUUUGUAAAAGCGAUAUACACUUACAGGCUAUUUUGAAUUCCAGUUCAAUUGACUUCCUUGUUACUCCACAUUUAUUAAAUUUAUUUGUACAUGAAGACAGCCAGCAAAGAUUAUUUGAUUUUUAAAAAACAACCAGUCAUGAUUAUUAGGAGAAUUAAAGUUAGCAUCAAAGACAAAUUAAUUUUGUGCACAGACAAUGUAAAUAUGGAAUAACUGCAAAAACAAUUAGUUAAAUAUACAUAUACUAAUAAAGCAAAAAUGUCAGCACCAGUACCAAAUUUAAAUCCAUUUCAACAUACAUCAGCCUGCAUAAAUGUAAAUAUUUCACUGUUUUUCCUGUGAUAAAGUGAAACAGUUGAACUAACAAUCACCUAUACAAAUAUGGGCAUCAGUUCAACUGUAGGAAAUUGAAUAAAUGAAAUACAUCUUUUAUAAGUUUUGACCAGCAAUCCCUAUUUAAAAAUCAAAUAAGAAAAUUUUACUUUGGUGUUGUAAAAUUUGUUUCUUACGAGAAACAAUUCAGCAUAAACUCUCUCCUCUUGCGGAGACAUAGUGGUCUUAUGAUUAGUGAGGUGGACGCACCUUCAAGAGGUCUGCAUUUGUAGGCUGGCCUGUGCUGGACUCAGGGUCAAGAAGUCUGGGUUCCAGUCAAUGUGUUGUGUUCUUGUGCAAAACACUUUACUCUUACAGUGUCUGUCUCCACCCAGGAGUAUAAAUGGGUAGCAAAAAUUAGUUAGGGAAACCUAAUAAAAUGCAAGGGGGGUGAAAGGGGGGGGGGGAGGGAUAACGGUGGAAUGGACUUGCAUCCUGUCCAGGGUUGGUUAGUAAUACUCCCAGUUGCUUCAUGUAAGGAAACCAGGAUUAAGUAAAGCUCAGGCCCUGGACUGGCCACUUUUCAAAUCCAGAUGUGACCUAACUACCUACCACCUCUUAGUUUAAAUGAUUUCAAUUGCUACUGUUACAAAUUAUAUAAACUUGAAACACACAGAUGUUGAUUUUUGCCCAAUUUAUUUCAGUCAAUUGCAUAGCAAUGUCUUUGGUAAAUCUUGAAAUUUAUUGUAAUGAGAAGUGAAUUACUGUUUAUUUAAAUAUUAAUGCUUGUUUUCUUCAAUAUAUAUAUCUUUUGUUCUUUUACUGCUUUAAAUAUGCUAUUAAUAUUAAUCGCUUGUGAUUUUGUGUCUAUGUAUCCCUCCCAUUCUCAGGAGGGAAAAAAUAUUUAGUUUACAAUUGGGUAAUAUGUUGAGCUAUUUUUUUACCAUUUGCAACCAUCUUUUUUUUUCCGGCCAGGAUGACUUAAAACAGCAACUUUUUGAAAGAAGCAUCCCCUUACAGUUGCUAUGGCUACAGAAAGAAGUCCAAUUAAGGUUCCAUGUGAAAAUGAAGACUUACCUGACAAAGAAAAUGCUCCAGAUUUUGAUGAGGACACUUUACGAGGUGAGCUAGGUUCAACUUUGGCUUCAGUCACUGUUCAAACGUUUUCUAUUCCACCAGUUUCAAGAAUGUAAGCAGAUGUGGAGAACAAUAUUAAUACACUGCAUGACCACCUUAAAGGAUAUUUGGCCAGUCAUGACUCUCUUCUAUGAUUACAAUAUGCUGUUCAUUGACUGAGAGGAUCCAUGACAUAUUUGUUAUUUUCUUUUCUCAAAUUUCAAAGCAAGUACACAAAGUUAUAAUAAGUAAAGACUUUAUUUGAUCAUCAUAUAACAUUCAUUUUGUAAGUUUGCAUCAUAAGUACCAUCAUCAUCAUCAUCAUCUUUCCAUUAUAUUAUGCAACAUUAACUUGAAAGUUUCAACUUCCCCUAAGCAACCAAUUUCCAGUAGAGUGCAAGUGUUAUAUCAUUGAAUAUGGAGGUGUUUAACCCUUGACACCCUAACAUCAGUAUCCAUAUUCUCCAUAUGGAUACUGUAUGUUUCUUGUGGUACUGAAAAAGAGAAUUCAUUUGAAGAUCAAUGCUUCUUAGGUUGGUGAUCAUUUCCUUUAUUCUCAUGAGCUUAGUGAAUGAUUCAGCAGUAUUACUCCAAGCUUUUCAGGGGAUGGGUUAAGUCAGGCAGGUGCAAAAGUGGCAGCUGGCACUAAAGGAAAAAUCUGCAGAUUUUGAAUCUCCAGAUCUUGGCAGCUCUGCUUAUGCACUAAUUAACUACAAUCACAGGUAAUUAUUAACUACAACCACAGACUUUGACACAAAUUAUUUUUUUAAAUUUUUUCUUUGCAGCCACAGCUGAUGUUUAUAGAAAUGAGGGUAAUGAGGCCUUCAAGAAAGGAGAUUUCAUCAAUGCUAUUCAUUUUUACACCAAAGGAAUUAAAAUGAACUGCAAUGAGAAAGAACUGAAGGCCAAACUGCACAACAACAGGGCUAUUGCACAUUUUAAACUUGGUAAGAUGAUGAGAGCUUUAAUAUGCAUUUUUUCCUAUUUUUAAGCUAUUGAGUUGUCAGUAGUAGUUUUCUGAAAAAGGUGAUAAUUUUGAAUGCAUGCCUGGAAAAAUUUAGAUCUUAUCUUGGCCUCUCAAAUAUACAAAGAAGUAACCUCUUACCCCAGAUAUCAAUGAGCAUCACAAGUUUUUCUCAAAAUUAUAGUAAUGGUAGUUGGUUUGCAACAUGUAUGGCUAAUCAGAGAUAUUUAUUUCAAUAACAGGAAAUCACCAGGAUUCACUAAGGGAUGCAGAAGCAGCCAUUGAGUUAAAUCCAACUUUCCUUAAGGCAAUUGUGAGAGGUUAGAUAUGUUAGCUGUGCUAUAAUAAUAAUAACAAAAGAACUCAACACUCUAAGGUUAAAUGAGGUUAAAUGGAGUUCAAUCUUGUCUCAAUUGACUUUAAUUAAGAGGUCGAGACCACCCUGAUGUACAUUUGAAUCCAGCUCUUGACUACUACGCCAUUGCUUCCAUUAAUCAUGAUAAAAAUAUUAUUUUUAACGGGAUUAAAAACUCAAUGCGGAAUGCAAAGCAAAAUUUCAGCAUGAAUAUUUUAGUUCCUUAAGUCCAAUGAGUCACAGGUGUCAGAUAUAUUAAGAGCGUGUCCACGAGAGCACCGGGCAGUCGUGCUACAUGCCAUCUCACCGAAUUCAAUGAAACUUUGUCAGUUUAAAGGGUCUACCUCAAAACUCAAAGAGACAAACUGGUUUCUGUUUUGGUUCUUCCGGGGGGAGAUAGACCACCCCCGGUUUUUCUUGGUUUUCACCAAGGAAAUCGCUUCAAAUAGGUAAAAUGUAUUAAGUUCUCACGGCGAUGUUAUCUAACUGAUUACUUUGAGGAUUUGCACACAUAUUUUUACAUCCUUAGUUAAUGUCUGCUGCGAGUAUCAGUCAGUUUGAUCGACGGCUUGUCAAUCAACAGAGGCAAAUAUACGACUUUGGUUUUAGACUUUUCGAUUCAUCCAACUAUUUGACAACUUUGAGGUCAAAUAUCUCCCGUUGCCAGAAAGCUACAACACUACUCUUAAUUCCCCUUUAUAACCCAUCAUUUCAUCUCUGAAUAUCAUCAACAAAAUCUUUGGGCACUACCGUAUUUUUGUCUUGGAUGCCUUUUAAAAUCUGCGACUGUGACAAGUUUCUCUCAACCACACCUGUCACGCAAUUCUUCCUCUAGGCGGUCACUUGACAAAAUAAACCUACAUUUUUUAGCUCUUUAUACAAGAUGAUUGAUCAAGAAAGGUGAAAAAUGUGAAAAACUUUCGAGAUUUUUUGUAGGAAUGGAAAAUUUCACGUUUAGAGAGAUGCAUGUACACGAAAAAUCAAUGGGAAAAACGUAGCGUUUCUUUCUUCAGUCGUUUAUUACUUUGAAGAUUUGCUAAAGUCAGCAGAUAUGGCUUUUGUACGGCACAAAACAUUCAUUAGUCUAUAAUAUGAUUGUUAAUCAUCAUCAUUGCUCAUUCUAUUUCAUGCUGCGUAUUGGUUGAUAUUACUAAUUGUUCCAGUGUGCUACAACUUCGGCUUUUACAGACGAGAAAUUCUGCGCUCUCGCUCGAGAGCAAACAUCAAUAGUUCUAUCGGACUAAAAACUGUGCCUCUAUCCCGAAAAUAAGAUUAAAAUAGUGUUGUCGUUGUCACUUACCGCCAUCGAACAUUUCCAUGCAGAACUCCGCUAAGCUAACAUCUGUUGUGUGACCCGAAGACUCUUAGUAGGAAUUAAGUCAAGCGCGUUGUUCAUGCUGUCUGCUAGAUAACAAUUUCAGAAUAAUCUGCAGAUCUCUAUGAUUAUUUGCCUGCUUCGAUCGUAAAAUAUCUGCAUAUUUUUUUCAAGCACUCUAUUAUUACUCAUAAAUCUUCAUCUCACUAGAUCGAGUGUUGCCGGCGUUUAAUUGCGUGACUUAUAAAACUUUUAAAUAAGAAUCUGAGCCAGCGGUAAUUUGACGAGUAGCCAUCCUGCAAAUUUCCCUUGAUGAAAUCCCAAGACAUAGCCAGUUGUUUUCGUGAGCAAAGACAAUAAAUAUGAGAGAAAAGUGAGAUGCAAAUGUCUUCUUUUUUUUAGCUUAAUAACAUAUUUACCCCCUCCCGCAGUCUUCGUCUAAAUUAAGGUCUCUCGUUAUCUUCUGCCUUGUUCGGUCAGUUUCGAAUUCUGAAGCUAGAUCAUUGGCAUCGGCCUCUCCGUCCUUAUUCAUAUUUACAGAGGGGGACCUCAUCAAUAAACCAAUUUUUGUUACGGCAGAUAACCGGCUGAAGUAUCGAGCGAUUUGCUGCUGUAUCAACCGGUCAGUCUUAGACAACAUUUCUGGCUGGUGUCGUCUCUCAAUCUCGAUAUUUGGGAAAUCACAUUAGAGGCGGUUGCCUUACUAGUUUCCUCCCUUGUCCAGCACACGUCUAGGAGAAAGUUCUCUGCUUUCUGAGAAAAGGUAGCUGUUUUUUGUGUUUUCCAAAGAGCCCAUCCCAAGUCCUCUUGGCUAGUUAGGGAUUGUUCGUCAGAAUUUUUACCUGAGGUCCGACCUCGAACGUAGCCGUCCCCUAUAGAAUGGCAAGCCGGUCUUAGUCCAUUUCCUCUUGAUCUUAUCCUAGGCGGAAUUUUUUUGUCGGCUUCACUGUGUUUGUCUUUGUCAGGAUACAUCCUUCUUUUAGCAAGAAUAUCUGGCUUUCUUGUUCCGUCUAUGACGGAUUGGGUAUAGUUCUCGCGAUGACCCGCGUUCAGAAAUCUGUGCACGUUGCUGAUAAGCACCCGCUUCUACGACUAGUUUGCUGAAAGUUUCUAAUGUGAUGAGCCUAGUGAGAUCCUGAGGUGCUUCAAACUGUGCCAGUUGGUCUGCGCUAUAAACUUGUCGCAGUUCUUAAGUCAGAGGGAGGAUCGCCCACCUCUAUCUAUGUGAGCGCUUCUACAAUACCUGCGUAUCCCUAGCAAUCAUAUGAUAUAAAGUUCAUCUCAGUCACAAAUCACCAGUUAGGAAAACUGAUAUUCAGAUAAGCGCUCUUCUUGCCCUUCUCCUUAUUCAUUGUCGACUCUAAGAUAGCAGCUACAGUACGCGUUCUAUUUAGGUUUACAGUCACCUUGCCGCCACCAGAAAGACUCGCCACCAGCUUUGAUUUCUUCUGCCAUCUGCAGAUUCAUCUCUCUCUCACUUUAUGUCUCCGAUUUUUAUGAGGAGGAUACUGGCAUUUACGAACCCGAAGGUCUGAAUCUCACACCAAGUUGUGCACGAUAUUUGAGGUACAUCGUGAAAUUGCGGCCUUCGUAAUCUCCAAAUAAGCCAAUACGCGCUAGAAUAAGCUUCAUCUCGGAUGAAACGCAUGUUUGGGAUACAUCGACGUCUCUCAAAUGUUUUUUUUUUUAAGCUGUUGCCGUCCCUGGCCAGCGCGAGAAAAGUAACAUUUGGUUGUACAUUUUGUUGCAAAUGAAGAAGACAACUGCACCAUCUUGGCUUUAUCAAUUCGAGUGUUAGAUUGAAUUGAGGGCUUUUUAGACACUCGAUUUCUUUUAUGGCAUCACUAUGAAGACGUAAUACAACUGAUACACCUACACUACAUAGGAUUAGCAAUGUCUGUUGCGCUGUUGCGAGAAGGAGGAAAAUAUUACCGGAAGUGUACGCUCUUUUUAAAAAGAGUUUCAGAGACGUUUCAGAGAUGUCUAUCUUUGAUCGGCUGUCACAAAAAAGUGACCCCCACUUAAAUUUACUAGGAAAAAUGAACUUACCAAAUCCUUGAAAAAAUUGGAAUUCAUUUGACCGAUACGCCGGUUGUUUCAAUUUUUCUUUUUCCUCGGGCUGCUAUGAAACAGUUCAUAAGAGACUCAUGAAUAAAGUGUUUUGAAAUACCGUUCGGGAUUUGCCUUUUUUUUUCUGCGUGCAAAUCAAGGGUAGACAAAGUUUUUAAAACAUUUGACUAAAAUUUCAUGGAGUUCACCUCGAUAAUUUUCGUCGGCCAGAGUCAAGACGCGCCAAGCUAAGCGAGAUCGCCCUCCAGUAAAAAGAAUAAACGUGGCGAGCGUGAGGAAACGCACAUUUUUUUCAUAAUUGUGAUCAAAGUCCAAUGAUGUACCUAAAUUGGUACUUACGGUGUCAAACCAUUGAUUAUGACAGGGUGAGCUUAGUUUUUCUGUCGAGGUUGACGUGACUUCACAUUAAAAGCAUUUUUGACGGAACAAACUAGUGAGCAUCACUGCACGAACUGAGAAAGUAAAAACUUGUAUUUAUCUCCCACGCAUUUCGUCUGACAAUAGUAGACUUCAUCAAGGAUUUUUUCAGGCAGGGUAAAUAAGCUUGCUCAUAUACAAAUAGUAAAUAAGUUAUCUCUUUACUAUUGAAGUCAGUGGAUAGAAUACGCCAGGUGCGCCUACGGUGUUAUACAUGCGUGACAUUUUCCGGACGUUACAUGUACGAGUACGUGAUCCGUUUAAGGGUCACAGAUUUAGUGUAAAUAUUUCACUCCUCAACAUCACCCAAUGUCUCUAGUUUACAGAGGUCUUAGAACGAGUCAUUAUAUGGAGUUGCCUUCUGCGGGUAGAAGACUACAAGCGAAUUUCUCAGGCGUAAUUGCCUUUGAUUUCUCAAUUGAUGUUAUCGCAAACACAGUUUUUGGGAGUCACGAGACAAAAAAACUUAUCAGGACCUAGUUUCAUGUUCUAAUGGAAAUAAAUAGCAAAUAAAAAAACAUUUUCUUGAGAAAUAAAGUCACAAAUGACGGGGGUUCUCCGAAACAAAUAAUGAUUAAAAAAAGAUUUCAGUUCUGGUCAAUAUUGACUUUUCAUGGCCUACUUCCAAAUCUGAGGGAACGUGCUGAGGGAAUAAAAAAACAUAAAUGUGUGAUAAUGCAAGUAAGAGAAUGAAAAUACAAAUAAAGAAAAGGGAGAAAACAUAGGAACCCGUGUUGCAGCGUGCAGAUAUCUUUUGAACCAGACCUAGACACAUAAGCCCGAAACCGGCCAGAGAAACUCGAAAGAGUCCUGUAUAUGAACUAGCUCGCACGUGCACGCAGGAAAGGCCAUAACAAUCAGCGAAAAUAAUAGGAAAUGCAGAUGAUAUUUGCAUUCAAAAAACAACAAAAUAAGAUAACAGAAGGAUUAGGAACUUUUUAGAAGUGUCUUCUUGAAAAAAAAAGAUGAACAAUUUUUACUUCUCAUAAAAGGUCACACAGUGACCCUACAAAUACUAUUCCUAUACGUGGAAUUUCUUGAUGGUGGAAAGUGGAAAAAACAUUUUCCACUCUUAUUUUCUGGAAACACGGCGUAGUUAAUGGAUUUAUGAGGCUAUUGAUAUUUAACAAAUAGAGAAGCCUUGACUGUGCUCUGUUCUGUUAUAAAGCACGCAGGAAGCGGCUAGAGCACGAAAGAAGUGUAGGGAGAAACACGAGACGUAGUCGAGUGUUUCUUCCCACUUCUUGAGUGCUCUAGCCGCUUCAUAAGUGCUUUAUAACAGAACAGAGCACAGUCAAGGCUUCUCUAUUUGUUUUAUAAUAAAGAAUCCGUUAAAUUACCCAAGCAUUACUUUCAAUUUCUAAAACAAACUUUAUUUCCAAAGCGAACAACAAUGUCGUCAGCAUACUCUAUACUCUCAUAAAGCACACUGCAAUAAGCCAAUCAGAAUCCUUGUUAGAAUGAUUCAAAUAAUCUGAUUGGCUGUACAAGACUAAAGCUGUCAAAAGUGUCAAACCAUCAAAGUCCAAAAACCAUCAAAGUUCACAUUCUACGAUAGUUUACAAACUAAAAUAGUUCGGCAAGUCGAACUUGCCAAUUUUGCGUGAAGUUUUUGAGUCUCUAAUACAGAAUCUUGAAGUGAAAUGUUCAGUGAACUUCAGCCGAAUUAUGGCUCAUAAAAACACGCAAGUUUUUUUCCACAUGACAAGGCAGAAAACAAACUAUUCAAGGCGAGUGUUUUUUGAAUGAACGACAGCCGAAUUCACCGGAACAUAAAGAUCGCUCGUGAUGAAAGCGCCGCAAAACUCGGUUGCAGUGGCUGAUGUGAAUUGCUCUAGCUCAGCUCUAUGCUCUAUACUCUCAUAGAGCACGCUCUUUCAACCAAUGACAGCGUGCGUUAUAUGCGAACUUUAUUAUAAUUUCUAACUAAUAAGGGGGGCAGAGUUUCCCGUCAUUCGCGGUAUGGAAAAGCCGAAGUUGUUACUCUUGGAACUUGUACGUCAACAAGCAGGCGACAUGUGACCUUAAAAUCUCCUCUCCUGAUUAUAAUGAUAAUAGACGAUCAAAGUAUAGGCUAAUGAAUGUUUUGUUCUGUACAAGAGCCCUAUGUCCUGUUUUAGCAAAUCUUCAAAGUAAUAAACGACUGAAGAAAGAAACGCUACAAUUUUCCCAUUGAUUUUCCGUCAACAUGCAUCUCUCUAAACGUGAAAUUUUCCAUUCCUUCAAAUUAUCUCGAAAGUUUUUCACAUUUUUCACCUUUCUUGACCAAUCAUCUUGUAUAAAGAGCUAAAAAAUGUAGGUUUAUUUUGUCAAGUGACCGCCUAGAGCAAGAAUUGCGUGACAGGUGUAGUUGAGAGAAACUUGUCACAGCCGCAGAUUUUAAAAGGUAUCCAAGACAAAAAUACGGUAAUGCCCAAAGAUUUUUUUGAUGAUUUUCAGAGAUGUAAUAGUGGGUUAUUAAGGGUAAUUAAGAUUAGUGUUGUAGCUUUCUGGCAACGGGAGAUAUUUGACCUCAAAGUUGUCAAAUAUUUAGAUGAAUCGAAAAGUCUAAAAAUACCAUCGUAUAUUUGUCUCUGUUGAUUGACAAGCCGUCGAUCAAACUGACUGAUACUCGCGGCAGCCAUUAAUUAAGGAUGUUAAAAUAUGUGUGCAAAUCUUUAAAGUAAUCGGUUUAAUACCAUCGCAGUGAGAGCUUCAUACAUUUUACCUAUUUGAAGCGAUUCCCUUGGUGAAAACCAAGAAAAAGCGGGGGGUGGUCUAUCUCCCCCCGGAAAGAAACAAAACAGAAAUCAGUCUGUUUUUUGGAGUUUUGGGUUAGACCCUUUAAACUGACAAAGUUUCAUUGAAAUCGGUGAGAUGACAUGUAGCACGACUGCCCUGUGCUCUCGUGGACACGCUCUGAAGUCAGUAUCUAGCUGUUUUAAAAAGAAGGAUCAGGACUUACCUAACUUUUAGUGUUUUUGUGGCAGUUGUUGAUCCCAAUUUAAGUGUUCUUAGAAGUUUCAGUUGUCUGUAAGGCUAAAUAAAUCUAACAAACCUAAUAGGGCCUGUUUAUUCUUUUCCGUUUAGUUUUUUUGUAUUGUUUUGGUUUGUCUUUUUUUUUUCUUCUGGUCUGUAAUGAUUUCAAUGGUUUCAGGUUCUUUUCUCAGAAUUGAGCUACAGUAAUAGUAUAUUUCUUUGUGUUGUUGCCUACAGGAGCCACUGCUUGUGUUGAAUUGAAGAGAUUUGAAGAAGCAAUCACUUGGUGUGAUAAGGGACUAGCUGUAUCCUUUGAAGGAAUCUUUCAUUUUUAACCGUGGGUAUAAUGGAAAAAAGUUUCCAUAAUUUGAUGUUUCAAGGGAGAAAAUACAAAGAAGGGUAUUAAUUAUGAUGGGAACUUGUCAGCUCAUAUACUUUAAGUAUGUGUGAUUAAAAACAUAGGAGAAGUUAUUACCUCAUGACUUAUUAAUGAAAUUACUCCUUUUAGCCAAUUUGACUUAGUUCUACUAUCCAUGCCAAUAACUGGUACAUUAGUUUAAAUAACCCUUUAAUUUCCCAGACCAAAUUUGUAAUUAUCCUUACUGUCAACCAUACAAUUCUUGUAAUGUUAGUACAGAGAAUUCAUUAUUGCAUCAACUAACUAUUUUUAAAUUGAUAUAUUUUUUUUUUACUCUCAACACUUAUCUGAUUGAUAUUGUAUUGCUAUUGUAAGGAGAAAUUCUCUUUUGGUCACUCACGGGAGUUAAAGGGUUAGAAGACUAAUAUUCAUCCAGUUUAUACAUAGUACUUGGGUAGAUGAUCUCUCUAAAACAAGCCCGAACAAAAAGCCCUUUAAUGUUUACAUAUCUUAUGCAGACUUUCUGCCUUCGACCUUUUGCCUCUACUUAGAGACUCAGAAACUUUCGUUGUGCUUUCCUAUGGACAAAUAAAAAUUUUAAAGAUAUGUAUUUAUUUUAUGUAUUUUUGUUUUUUCCACAUUUUUAACCCUUAACAUAAAAAAGAUUGACAAAAACAAUAGGAUCUUGUCGUCAUUAAGACUUCAGUCUGUCAGUGAAGUGGGAGAUAAGUCCAUGGAGGAAAAAGAUCCUAUUAGUCAUGACCACGGUAGUGCAAGUUCAGUUGAUGUCAAGAAAGUCAUAGAUCUCUAUAAUCAGGAAAAAGAAGCCAUAGAGUACCACAACCUACAUCUUAAAAUAGCUAAAGAAGUAGGAGACAAGCAUGGGGAGGGUAACGCUUAUGGCAAUCUUGGCAAUGCUUAUCGCCAUCUGGGUGAUUUCAAAAAAGCCAUAGAGUACCACAAUCUACAUCUUAAAAUAGCUAAAAAAAUAGGAGACAAGCAUGGGGAGGGUAACGCUUAUGACAGUCUUGGCAAUGCUUAUCACUGUCUGGGUGAUUUCAAAAAAGCCAUAGAGUACCACAACCUAAUUCUUAAAAUCGUUAGAGAAGUAGGAGACAAGCAUGGGGAGGGUAACGCUUAUGGCAAUCUUGGCAAUGCUUAUCUUAGUCUGGGUGAUUUAAAAAAAGCCAUAGAGUACCACAACCUACAUCUUAAAAUAGCUAAAGAAGUAGGAGACAAGCAUGGGGAGGGUAACGCUUAUGGCAAUCUUGGCAAUGCUUAUCGCCGUCUGGGUGAUUUCAAAAAAGCCAUAGAGUACCACAACCUACAUCUUAAAAUAGCUAAAGAAGUAGGAGACAAGCAUGGGGAGGGUAACGCUUAUGGCAAUCUUGGCAAUGGUUAUUACAGUCUGAGUGAUUUCAAAAAAGCCAUAGAGUACCACAACCUACAUCUUAAAAUAGCUAAAGAAGUAGGAGACAAGCUUGGAGAGGGUGCUGCUUAUGGCAAUCUUGGCAAUGCUUAUCGCUGUCUGGGUGAUUUCAAAAAAGCCAUAGAGUACCACAACCUACAUCUUAAAAUAGCUAAAGAAGUAGGAGACAAGCAUGGGGAGGGUAACGCUUAUGGCAGUCUUGGCAAUGAUUAUGACCAUCUGGGUGAUUUCAAAAAAGCCAUAGAGUACCACAACCUAAUUCUUAAAAUCGCUAGAGAAAUAGGAGACAAGCAUGGGGAGGGUGCUGCUUAUGGCAAUCUUGGCAAUGCUUAUCGCCGUCUGGGUGAUUUAAAAAAAGCCAUAGAGUACAACAACCUACAUCUUAAAAUAGCUAAAGAAGUAGGAGACAAGCAUGGGGAGGGUAACGCUGAUGGCAAUCUUGGCAAUGCUUAUCUUAGUCUGGGUGAUUUCAAAAAAGCCAUAGAGUACCACAACCUACAUCUUAAAAUAGCUAAAGAAGUAGGAGACAAGCAUGGGGGGGGUGCUGCUUAUGGCAAUCUUGGCAUUGCUUAUCACAGUCUGGGUGAUUUAGAAAAAGCCAUAGAGUACCACAACCUACAUCUUAAAAUAGCUAAAGAAGUAGGAGACAAGCAUGGGGAGGGUGGUGCUUAUGGCAAUCUUGGCAAUGCUUAUCGCCGUCUGGGUGAUUUAAAAAAAGCCAUAGAGUACCACAACCUACAUCUUAAAAUAGCUAAAGAAGUAGGAGACAAGCAUGGGGAGGGUAACGCUUAUGGCAGUCUUGGCAAUGCUUAUCACUGUCUGGGUGAUUUCAAAGAAGCCAUAGAGUACCACGACCUAAUUCUUAAAAUCGCUAGAGAAGUAGGAGACAAGCAUGGGGAGGGUGUUGCUUAUGGCAAUCUUGGCAUUGCUUAUGGCAGUCUGGGUGAUUUAAAAAAAGCCAUAGAGUACCACAACCUACAUCUUAAAAUAGCUAAAGAAGUAGGAGACAAGCAUGGGGAGGGUGGUGCUUAUGGCAAUCUUGGCAAUGCUUAUCACAGUCUGGGUGAUUUCAAAAAAGCCAUAGAGUACCACAACCUGCAUCUUAUAAUAGCUAAAGAAGUAGGAGACAAAUCCUCGGAGGCAAUGGCCUACGGUUCAUUAGGAUUGGCUUUUGAGUUACAAGGUGGACUGCCAAAAGCCGUUGAACAUUACCAAGCUAGCAUAAACUUAUUCAAUUCCUUGAGAGUACUUCUAAUAUCUAAAGAUGAGUGGAAAGUUAAUUUUCGUAAUCAGCGUCAAGUGGCGUAUACGGGUUUGUGGAGAGUUCUCGUAGAACAAGGUAAUGUAGAUGAAGCCUUAUUUGUUGCUGAGAAAGGACGAGCUCAAGCUCUGACCGACCUCAUGGAAUCCAGUUUUUGUGGUGGAACAAGUCACCACAAGGGAGAAGAUGAAGAUUGCGCAGUUUUAAAAAACGUUCCAUCAAACACUGUCUUUCAGGCAGUGGACGAAGCUAACGUCCAUCUUUGGGUUGUGUCCGAAGGAAAACAAGUUCAGUUAAGACAAAGUAAACUCAAAGGUUUUGUUUCAGAGAAUAGUGGAUCUAGCCUGUCCUUUGAGUCGUUCAUGCUCGGUGUCUAUACACAACUUGAUGUUCGUUCUAAUGUGAGAUGCGAAAAUCGAUCUUUAGAUGCUUUGAGGGAGGGCCGUUCAAAAGUGGAUGAGAAAACUAAAGAAGCCAACCCUCAACCUCACAUCCAACAAGACGGAUGCUUGAGCACUUUGUAUGAUAUCGUUAUGAAGCCGGUGGCUGAUUUGAUUGAAGGGGAUGAGCUACUCAUUAUUCCUGAUGGACCACUGUGGAUCGCUCCUUACGCUGCAUUGAAGGAUGGUAAUUCUAAAUACCUGUGUGAAUCGUUCACAAUCCGAGUCGCUCCAUCGUUAGCAAGUCUUAGACUCAUUGCCGAUUGCCCAGAUGAUUAUCACAAAAGCAGUGGUGCGUUACUUGUAGGAGAUCCGUUGGUAUCCGAGGUUACUAACAGCGAGGGAAAGAAAGUCUUCGAGCAGCUUCAGUAUGCUAAAAAAGAAGUAGAAAUGAUCGGAAAAAUUCUGAAUAUCGCCCCAAUCACUGGCAGUCAGGCCACGAAACGUGAGGUGUUGAAAAGACUCAGUUCCGUUUCCCUAGUUCACUUUGCGGCACACGGAUGUAUGGAAACUGGCGAAAUUGCUCUUACACCUGACCCAGACCGAAUAUCUACCGUGCCAACGGAGGAGGAUUACAUUUUAACAAUUGGAGAUGUGUUGAAUGCUCAACUUCGGGCCAAACUUGUCGUGCUUAGUUGCUGCCACAGCGGCCGGGGCGAGAUCAAGGCUGAAGGUGUGGUUGGCAUUGCGCGCGCUUUUAUGGGGGCUGGUGCUCGGUCUAUUGUGGUGUCCCUGUGGGCGAUUGAUGACGAGGCUACUCUUGAGUUCAUGAAAUACUUUUAUCAACAACUUGCAGGAGGUAAACCAGCAAGCGAGUCACUGAACCUGGCCAUGAAAAGCCUCAGAGAAUCAGACAAGUUCUGCGACAUCAAACACUGGGCGCCCUUUUUGCUGAUUGGAGAUGACGUCACUCUUGACUUCAUGGCAAAGGAAAGAGAAAAUUCGAAUAUGAAAUCACAUAAAUGA